GAGGUUAUGGUGGAGGUUAUGGUGGAGGUUAUGGUGGAGGUUAUGGUGGUGGUGGCGGUGGAGAUCUGAUGGCCAGUCCUGCCUUCGCUAUGGGACGCACCAUGGCAGCAGGGGGGAUCGGUGGCGGGUCGGCCAUGGCAUUGGGUACCUCUCUGGGCCCAGCAUUGGCUCCUAUGCGGUCCCGGCAGGCAGAGAAGAACAUGCUGUCCGGCCUCAACGAACGUUUCUCCUCGUACAUGGGCAAAGUGAGAGUCCUCCAGCAGGAGAAUGCCAUCCUGGAGGCCAGACUGUCCCAGUUGUCGGGGGGUGCGGACAUGGGGUCUCCAGAGUCCUCCAGCACCACCACAGCGGAGUACGAGGCUCAGCUCGGCGAGUACCGCGUUGCCCUGGAGACGCUCACCCUGGACACCAUCAAACUGGAGAUCGAGCUGGACAACGUUCGCGGCACUGCCCACGAACUCAAGGCCAAGUUUGACUUUGAGCAAGGGGUGAAGUUUCAGCUGGACUCUGACAUUUCAGCUAUGAAGAAGGACAUAGAUAUGGCAUCUGAAUUACGCAUUGAUUUGGAUGCCAAGUACUCCAGCUUGAAGGACGAACUGGAAUUUGUCACCAAGACACAGGAAGAGGAAUUGUCCACUCUGCAGUUCAAACUGGGAACCAAGUCUAUGGACACGUCUGUGUCCAUGAUCGAGGUUGACACGGUCAAGUCCUUCGACAUCUCCACCGCUCUCAACAAGAUCAGGGUGGAGUACGAGAAGUCUGUGCAGCAACACAGAGAUGAGGCGGACGCCUACUACAAACUGAAGAUGGAAGAGAUACAGACCGCUACUGCCAAGAGUUCGGAGGCCGUCUCAGAGGCCAAGAUGGAAAUCUCAGGGGCCCGGAAGGAGCUGCAGGCUUUCGGUCUAGAGCUUCAAGGCCUGGUCACUGCAAACAUGUCCCUGGAGCAGAGCUUGGCAGAAGCCCACGCCCAGUCAAGCAUGGGCGUGGCCGGGUACCAGGGUCAGACCGCCAGCUUGACGUUGGCCAUCGAGGUGGCCAAAAAUGACCUCCACAAGCAGAUCAUGGCCUACCAGGAGCUUCUGGACGUCAAGCUGGCUCUAGACGUGGAGAUCUCCACUUACAGAACCCUGCUGGAAGGAGACCACUUCAAAUUACCUGAGACAUCCGGAUUUACAGCAUCUUCCUACAGUUUCUCGGGUGAGAAACAUUUGAAACAAGGGAGUAUAGUGGAGCUGGAGGUGGAGGAGGGGGAAUUCAAGUUAAAGAGAUCAUAACAGAACACACAGAGACCUCUCUGAUCUCUGACACUGCAUCCGCAGACGAAUCUGAAUCCACCUGAUUCCACCAGGGUACCUUUGGAACGUUGGACGCUCAGAUGCUAAAGCAACUCUUUUUAACCUAACCCUCUCUAGCUUCUCUAGCUUCUCUGUCAAUCUAUCCCCCCCCCCCCCCCCUUUCCCUGAUUUAUAGACGACACAAUAAACGUUGCAUCUUUACAUCUGA